AUGCUCGGCCCAAUACUGCGAAGGCAAGUCCUUCAAUCGCGAAACACCCUCCGACAAGCUCUGCCCACCACCUCCAGCCUGGCAAGAUGGUACGCCUCCUACCCGCCUCACACCGUCGUCAAGAUGCCCGCCCUCUCGCCAACCAUGACUGCCGGCAACAUUGGCGCCUGGCAGAAGAAGCCCGGCGACUCCAUUGCCCCUGGUGAUGUGCUGGUCGAGAUCGAGACGGACAAGGCCCAGAUGGACUUUGAGUUCCAAGAGGAGGGUGUGCUGGCCAAGGUCCUGAAGGAGCAGGGCGAGAAGGAUGUCGCCGUUGGUAACCCAAUUGCUGUCCUAGUCGAAGAGGGUGCCGAUAUCUCUGCCUUUGAGGGCUUCUCCAUUGCCGACGCCGGCGGUGACGCUGCCGCCCCGGCCGAGAAGAAAGAGGAACCCAAGAAGGACGAGUCUUCCGCCCCGGCACCCGCCCCGGAGCCCACCCCGGAGCCCGAGAACACCGCCUCCUCGGGCAGGCUCGAGACUUCUCUGCAGCGAGAGCCCAACGCUGCCCCCGCCGCCAAGCGACUGGCCAUUGAACAGGGCAUCAAGCUGUCCUCGGUCAAGGGAACCGGCCCCGGAGGCAAGAUCACUGAGGACGAUGUCAAGAAGGCUUCCGCUGCCCCUGCUUCUGGCGCUGCCGCUUCUGGCGCCGCAUACGAGGACCUUCCCCUGAGCGGGAUGCGCAAGACCAUUGCCAACCGCCUGCAGCAGUCCGUCCGCGAGAACCCUCACUUCUUCGUCUCCUCGUCCGUCUCCGUCAGCAAGCUCCUUAAGCUCCGCCAGGCCCUCAACAGCUCGGCUGAGGGCAAGUACAAGCUCAGCGUCAACGACUUCCUCAUCAAGGCCAUCGCCGCCGCGGCCAAGAAGGUCCCCGCCGCCAACUCGUCCUGGCAAAACGACGCUAUCCGCCAGUACAACACCGUCGAUGUCUCCGUGGCUGUCGCGACCCCCACCGGCCUUAUCACGCCCAUCGUCAGGGCUGCCGAGGGCAAGGGCCUCGAGGCCAUCUCCGCCUCCGUCAAGGACCUCGCCAAGCGUGCGCGCGACAACAAGCUGAAGCCCGAGGAAUACCAGGGCGGCUCCAUCUCCAUCUCCAACAUGGGCAUGAACCCCGCUGUCGACAACUUCACAGCCAUUAUCAACCCCCCUCAGUCCACGAUACUGGCCAUUGGCAGCCCCAAGAAGGUCGCGAUACCAUCCGAGAACGAGAGCGGCGUUGCGUGGGACGACCAGAUCACAAUUACCGGCAGCUUUGACCACAAGGUUGUUGACGGCGCGAUCGGUGCUGAGUUCAUGAGGGAGCUGAAGAAGGUCGUCGAGAACCCCCUUGAGCUUCUGCUGUAA